AAUCUUGCAAUAUUAUCAUCAAGAAAAAUGGCGACGGACCAGGAUCAAAUUUGUCCAGAAAGGGAGGAGAACGAGCGACGACAUCUGGAUGCUCUUCACGGACUACACAUGCAGCAAACAACUGUCCGCCAAGAGGAAGACUCACCUAAACUACGCAGAUGGAGCUCCUGUAUGGAACCCCAAAUGAAAGAGGAAGAUGAGGAGCCACAGUCCCCUGAUGUCAAAGAGGAAGAGGAGGAGUUUGAUAUCGGCCAGUUACCACUGACCGUUGUCAUUGUGAAAAGUGAAGACGACGAAGACGAAGAACUUCCUCACGGCAGUCCAAGUGGAGGACCACCAGCAGGAAACAACCUCUUAGCUCCACUGUCUCACAGGCAAAACACCGAAGGAUCUUUGAGAAGCGACAUCGCUUGUGAAGGUGACAACAAGCACCUGAAAUGCUCUCAAGCGGAUAAAACGCUUGACAAGAAAACUUCUCAAACAUGCAAGAGACGUCACAGACGUAAAGAAAAAUUUUACUGCUCACUUUGUAGUAAAACAUUUCCUUAUGAGAGUACUUGGAAUGAACACAUGCAGACGCACACAGGAGAAAAACCCUUUUGCUGCUCGGUCUGCGGGGAAAGUUUUGCUCGCAAAGGUAAUAUGAACGUACACAUGAGAAGACACACGGGUGAAAAUCCUUUCAGCUGCACAGCGUGUGGUGAUACCUUCGCCCGCAAGGUCAAUCUGAUUGCGCAUACAGCAACACACACAGGGGAAAAACCUUUCACUUGCUCCGUGUGUGGUGAAAGGUUUUCUUAUGAGUACAAUGUGAAUGCACACAUGAAAACACACACGGGAGAAAAACCAUUUGUUUGCUCGGCGUGUGGUAAAAGGUUCCUUAAAAAGUCGGUUAUGGUUAAGCACAUGAGAACGCACACAGGGGAAAAACCCUUCAGUUGUUCAGUUUGCAGCGAAAGCUUUUCUCAUAAGCACAGUUUGAAUGUUCACAUGAGAACACACACGGGAGAAAAACUCUUUAGUUGCUCAGUGUGCGGUAAGAGAUUCACUCACAAGCAAAACAUGAUCCAACACAUGAGAACACACACGGGAGAAAAACCUUUCACUUGCUCAGUUUGUGCUGAAAGUUUUUCAUAUAAGCAUGGUUUGAAAUCACACAUGCAAAACCACACGGGAGAAAAACCCUUCAGUUGCUCUGCUUGUGGUAAGAGUUUUUCAAAUAAGUAUGAUUUGAAUAUACACAUGAGAACGCACACAGGCGAGAAACCUUUUUGUUGCUCAGUUUGUUGCAAAAAAUUCACGGUAAAGCAAAACAUGAUCCGACACAUGAGAACACACUCGGGAGAAAAACCUUUUGCAUGCUCACUUUGCGAUAAAAGCUUUUCCAGUAAGUCUGACAUGAAUAGACAUGAGAAUACACACAAAAGAAAAGCCUUUUAGUCACACAGUUUACGUUAAAAGCUGUUUCAACUGCACACAUGCGGAAACAUGGCAGACAAUACAUGUCAAUGUAUUCCUGCCCAAUUGCACUAAAAUGGUGGUGGAGGGGAAUUUGUUUGUUUGUUUUUUUCCUCUCAGCAGCCUUUUAAGUUUUAAUAGCCACUUGAAGACCACAUUUAGGCUGAAAAUGUGAUAAUUAUUGAACAUUUGUUUCGUGCUCUAACAAGUUGUGCGUUCAGUGUUUUGACCUUUGAGUGGCAAGUUCUGUGAGGUUGUUUGUUUGAUUGUAGGGCGUGGGAGAAGGCUUACAGAAGUUCCAACACUCGAAUGUUGUGUUUUCGCUGCCCUUGUCCUUUGCAAUAAAAAACGAAAGCCAUUCUGA